AUGGGCUUCACAACGGGCUUUCUCGGCGGCCUCACCCUCACGUACUCCCUGCUCUACAUGUCACUCUACGUCCAUCGAGCGAACCGCAACGUCCAAAAAACGCUUCUAAAACAACAAGCCAACCUACUUAACUCGGUCGUCGAACCGCCUCCUCCUCUUCCAGAACCUCCGGCAUACGAAGUCCGCAAGGCCGGCCUGGUUGAAGAGCUCAAGGACCAUUGGAACAGCGAGAUCGAGAAGCUCGUGCGCAACGUACAGACUACCGAUUGGGCGGCCAAACGCGAGCAGUGGGAAAGCACGAUUGCCGCGACGUGGAACAAGGUGCGUUCGAGUCAGCCUGCGCAGGAGCUUGAACAAAAAGCCAGGGUUACAGCGGAAGAGCUCGAGAGCAGUGUCAAGAAUAUUGUGGCAGAGGGAAAGGACAAGGCAAGGACAGCGGCCAAGGAUAUUGAGAGGAAUGUCAAGGAUGCCGUGACGGCGGGAAAGGAUAAGGCAAGAACGACCGCGAACGAGGUCAAAGAAAAGGUUGUCCAGGGUAGCGAGAAGGCGAGCGAAAAGGCGCAGAAUGCGACGAGGGAGCCUAGACUGUUGGAGUUGAAAUGA